UCCACAGUAAGAAUCGAAGGGGUUUCCCUUUUCCUGCCGCCUCCUGCUAUAACCACAAAGUCCUCCGCCACACACCUAAAAGCACAGACCCCAGACUCCUGCUCCCCCGGAGAGCGAUGGAGCCGUGGGACAUGCUCAGUGCGAGCGGCAGGCCCCGCCUCCGCCUGACCCGGAUACAGACAGCGCUGGCUCCCCGCGGACGAGCGUGGAGCCCGGCCGGCACUGUUGCUGCCGUCGCAGAAGAGGGGGAGCGUCCCGUGCCGUCUCGUCUCGUCCCGUCCCGGCUACGCCAUGAGGCUGUGGUGAGCGACCGGCAUCCCUGCCCGCCCGCCCCGUCGUGCCCCCCCUCCCCCGCAGCCAUGGCCCCUAUGGGGAUUCGCCUCUCGCCCCUCGGCAUGGCCGUGUUCUGCUUGCUGGGGCUGGGCGUCCUCUACCACCUCUACUCCGGCUUCUUGGCCGGCCGCUUCGCCUUCUUCAUGCUGAGCGAGCCGGCGGGCGGCGGGCCCGAGACCCCCCGUGGCUCCGCGCCCGCCGGCACCGUGGACCUGCGGGAGCUCCUGGCUGUGUCCGUCCUGGCCGCUGUCAGGGGCGGGCAGGAGGUGAAACGGGUCCGAGAGGAUAACGCCUUGAACGCCAAGGCAAAGGGGAAGACGCGGGAGGGAGCCGAGGAGCAGCUGACGAGCGGCGACCUCCUCUCCAACCGCAGGAUGUUCUACCUGCUGAAGGCCGCCUUCCCCGCCGUGCAGAUAAACUCUGAAGAACAUGUUGAUGCAGCUGAUCAGGAGACUGUCUCUUGGGAUCGCAGUAUUCCUGAAGACAUAAAACAAAAAAUCCAGCCUAAAGAGGUUCCAGCAGAAAGCGUUACUGUCUGGAUCGAUCCAUUAGAUGCUACACAAGAAUACACAGAGGAUCUUCGGCAAUAUGUCACAACAAUGGUUUGCGUGGCCGUAAAUGGUAAACCAGUAAUAGGAGUGAUACACAAGCCAUUCUCAGCAUAUACAGCCUGGGCAAUGGUGGAUGGCGGGUCAAAUGUAAAAGCUCGUUCCUCCUACAACGAGAAAACUCCAAGGAUAAUUGUGUCCCGCUCCCACGCAGGAAAAGUUGAGCAGGUUGCACGGCAGACAUUUGGAAAUAAGACUGUGAUAAUCCCCGCUGGUGGAGCAGGUUAUAAGGUGCUGGCCCUCCUUGAUGUGGCUGAAAAGAAUCAAGAAGAAGCUGACGUGUAUAUCCAUGUCACCUACAUUAAGAAGUGGGACAUAUGUGCUGGAAAUGCAGUGCUAAGAGCACUGGGUGGCCAUAUGACUACCCUGACUGGUGAAGAAAUCAGUUACACAGGCUCAGAUGGCAAUGAGGGAGGACUUAUAGCCAGUAUCAACAUGAACCAUAAAGCACUAAUUGAAAAACUUCCAGAUCUGGAAAAAACAUUACAUAAAUAAACGUGACUGAUGGAGAAGUAUAGGUCAUGCUUUUGCAAGCUCCAAAUACUCUGUCUGGAUAAGCAGGUAUGAAAGCCUGCUGGGAAAGAAGCACAGCAAAGCAUUUUGGUGUGGGUUUGGGUUCUGUGUUGUGCAUUGGGUUUCUUCAGUGGUGGUAUUUAAAAAAGAAUUAAAUAAUAAUCAUCAGAAGUAGGAAGGGGACUGACUGCCUCACACCUCAGUUUCCAUGAGUUAUUUUUUUGAGACAAGUUUUGUGCAGUUCUUAGACACGAGGUGUAUAUACAGUGUUUAUUGGUGAACAUAGGUGAACUGCAGAACAAUCCAAAUUUAUUCAUAACUUAAGUAGUUCUCAUAGAAAUUUUUUUGAACCUUUUAAGUCUUCUUAGUGUAGUUGUAGCCACUCCAUAAUGAACUAGGUAGGAAAAAAUGUUGAUUUGUAUAGACAUCUGAAAACUCAGUAAAUAAUUUAGCAGGAAACAU